AUGAAUGACAAGAGAAAACAAGCAAAAAAAGAAAAAGAUGAAGAAGAAAAGCCAAAAGAGGAGCAGGAAAAGACUCAUGUAAGCAGAGAGCCUUCUCACCUUUUCUUUUUGGCAAAUACAGCUUUAGGGCCACCAUACCACAUUUUAUUAGACACAAACUUCAUCAAUUUUUCUAUCCAAAACAAGCUUGAUGUGUUUAAAUCGUCAAUGGACUGCUUGCUGGGCAAGGUAAUUCCUUGCAUUUCUGAAUGUGUUAUUGCUGAAUUAUCUCUAUUUUUAUUAAAUACCGGCUUUUUCUAUUAUAAAAAUAAUAUUUAUUUAGGAUAAAAAUAGAAAAACUUGGGAAAAAAUAUCGUUUGGCACUCAGAAUUGCCAAGGAUCCACGGUUCAGAGUUUUAAGAUGCACACAUAAAGGAACAUAUGCAGAUGACUGCCUUGUAGAUAGAGUUACGCAGCAUAGGUGCUUUAUCGUAGCGACCUGUGAUAAAGACUUAAAAAGAAUAAAUUAGUUAAGCAGAGCGGGCCUUUGGGUUUAUUGCUGCCCCUCACCAACCCCUGACUUCAGGAUCCUCCCCUGGCAUCUCUUCAGAACUUGCGAUCUUUUUGGGGUGAUGCACCUAGGUACUUCCUUGGACACUAAGGUCGGUGUCAUCUCUAUCUGGAAAUGGGAUGGUAGGCGGAUAUCCUCAGAUCCUCCUUCUUGUCCCCAUUACCUUUGCACCAGUCCAUUUCUUACACCUUCCCCAUCAGGUUUGGCUUCAGGCCCGCAGCAAGGCCCCAAAUUUAAACAGUUCAGAGAGAAUGACGGAUCGGUAUGCUUGCCAUUUUAUUUGCCACUUAAAAAGAAGAAUCAGAAAAAUCCCUGGAGUCCCUAUUAUGUAUAUUUCCUCUCACAAAUAUACAAUAGAAAGAAUGCCUGACGCCCUUGGAGGAAUUAAAUAA